GCAAGUGGCAGUUUUGGCAAGAUGGCGGCGGGGCCAGUGAGGAGGCAGAGCUGGGGGAUGCUGUGAGACAGUCAGAGGAGCGGACAGCGGCGUCACGGGCAGCAGGACCCGCUACACGGAGCUGACGAGAGGGCAGCACCAAGGGACAUUCACGGCCUCAGAGGAAGGUAUACGCGACACCCCGGGAGGCUACCGGACAGUGCGGGACACAUGAGCCGGAGCAGUUCCCGGGAAGCACCGGUAGCGGCGGAAGAAGAAGAAACAGCCGGAGGUCCUUGAGGGCCGGGAGCGGGCCCUUGAGGGCCCCAGGCUCAGGAUGAAGUUCGCAGAGCAUCUGUCGGCUCAUAUCACCCCGGAGUGGAGGAAGCAGUACAUCCAGUAUGAGGCUUUCAAGGAGAUGUUAUAUGCAGCCCAAGACCAGGCCCCAUCUGUAGAAGUAACGGACGAGGACAACGUAAAACGAUAUUUUGCCAAGUUUGAAGAGAAAUUCUUCCAGACAUGUGAGAAAGAGCUUGCCAAAAUCAACACCUUUUAUUCAGAAAAGUUAGCAGAGGCUCAGCGACGCUCGGCUACCUUACAAAAUGAACUGCAGUCUUCACUGGAUGCACAAAGGGAAAGCAGCCGGUUGCCAGCCCUCAGGCAGCGGAGAAAGGCCCUCCUUACCCUCUCGCAUGAGGAAAGAGUCCAGCACCGAAAUAUUAGGGACCUGAAACUGGCUUUCAGCGAGUUCUAUCUCAGCUUAAUUUUACUGCAGAAUUACCAGAAUCUUAACUUCACAGGGUUCCGCAAAAUCCUAAAGAAGCAUGACAAGAUCCUGGACACCGGUCGCGGUGCAGACUGGAGAGUGGCUCACGUGGAGGUGGCGCCAUUCUACACCUGCAAAAAGAUCAAUCAGUUGAUUUCUGAAACAGAGGCUGUAGUGACAAACGAGCUGGAAGAUGGCGACAGACAGAAAGCUAUGAAACGUCUGCGUGUGCCACCACUCGGAGCUGCCCAACCUGCUCCGGCCUGGACCACGUUCAGAGUGGGCCUGUACUGUGGUAUAUUUAUUGUCUUGAACUGUGCAGUUGUGUAUACAGGUUAUAUGAAUUUUGAAAUUGGCGAGGUGUGGCCCCUGGUGAGGAUUUACAGGGGUGGCUUUCUGCUAGUGGAGUUCCUAUUUCUCCUUGGCAUCAAUACAUAUGGCUGGAGGCAAGCCGGUGUCAACCACGUCCUCAUAUUUGAACUAAACCCACGUAACAACCUCUCACAUCAGCAUCUUUUUGAGCUUGCAGGGUUCCUUGGGAUGCUGUGGUGCCUCAGCCUUUUCGCCUGUGUCUUCGGACAUCAUAUCUUUUUGCCAAUGCAGGUGAAUCCACUGGCCCUGUACGGCUUCAUGCUGCUCUUCCUCAUUAAUCCCACUAAAACCUUCUACUACAAGUCUCGCUUCUGGCUUCUUAAAUUAUUGUUCCGAGUGUUCACCGCCCCUUUCCACAAGGUGGGCUUUGCGGAUUUCUGGCUUGCUGAUCAGCUUAAUAGUCUGGCUGUGAUCCUCAUGGACCUGGAGUUUAUGAUCUGCUUCUACAGCUUUGAACUAGAAUGGGAAAAUCCGAAGGGACUCCUCACAGGAGCCACUGGAAAGUGUAACACGUAUUCAUAUGGAGUUCGUGCUGUGGUUCAGUGUAUCCCAGCCUGGCUGCGCUUUAUCCAGUGCCUGCGACGAUACAGAGACACCAAGAGAGCUUUCCCCCAUCUGGUGAACGCCGGAAAGUAUUCCACUACCUUCUUCAUGGUGACGUUUGCUGCCCUCUACCAAACUCACAAAGUUCUGGAUCACUCGGAUGCUCAGGUCUUUUUCUACCUGUGGAUCAUCAGUUACUUCAUCAGUUCCUGUUAUACUCUAAUAUGGGAUCUGAAAAUGGAUUGGGGCCUAUUUGACCGGAACGCGGGGGAGAACACCUUCCUGCGAGAAGAGAUUGUGUACCCGCAGAAGGCUUACUACUACUGUGCCAUCAUUCAGGAUGUUAUCCUCCGUUUUGCGUGGACCAUACAGAUCUCGCUCACACAGUUAAACCUUCAUAACAAUGCUUCAGAUAUUAUAUCCACCGUCCUAGCUCCUCUGGAAGUCUUCCGGCGCUUUGUGUGGAACUUUUGACUGGAGAAUGAGCACCUGAAUAACUGUGGUGAAUUCCGUGCCGUACGAGAUAUCUCAGUGGCCCCUAUGAAUGCCGACGACCAAACACUGCUGGAGCAGAUGAUGGAUCAAGAGGAUGGUGUGAAGAACCGAGCCAAGAGCAAAACAUGGAAACGGAGCCAGAGCAUAACCUUGCGCAGACCACGCCUGUCCUCCCUGAGUAAGGCCCGAGAUGCCAAGGUCCUGAUUGAUGACACCGAUGAUGAAGCAAACACAUGAAGCAGUUACUGGCUGCUUUCAAAGUCCACUCUCCAACCAUCUCUUUCAGGCUUUUCAUCCCCCUCCUGGCUUCUUUUUAUCCUCUUACUUCACCCAACCAUUACGGGGCUGGCCUCCUGCACGCCUGUUGAACCCACUAAAAGAUUUUGGUCCCUCCGCAAUUCAGAGAUAACAAAAGAAGCCAAGGACAGACCUUUCUAUACCCAAGUAUUACCAAGCUGGAAAGGACUGUCGAAUUGGUGGGUGGUCAAGACGCCACUGCACCAAAUCUCCAAAAUCUUAUUGCUUGCCUGACUUCAGAAGACUUGAAAUAAUAGUUUCUUUCGCUGUGGCCACCCGUGCUGGGAUUGUUGUCAUAGUCACAGACGAUCACCUUUGUCUUACAUCCUCCUCUCUUGUCCGUUCCUUCACUUCACUAUUCAUGUUUGUUUGCUAUCAUUGAUAUUUUGUGUUCCCACCCCCCCAGCAGUGCUGGAAGGGGUCCCAAAGAUAAAGGGGCUGGGGGAGUGACAGGACUUAGAGUUAAUAACUCUCUUCAUUUAAGUUAUCUUCAGUCCAUUGUUUUAAACCAAAGUUUUGUUUUCAUUGCUGUUCUUCGCGAUUUCCAUUUUACUGAUCUUUUUUUUAUUUUAUUUUUUUUGCUGGACAUGUUCAGAUCCUCCAUUCAAUCCUAGUGGCGCGCUGCCACCUCCGCGUCCGACAGAAGCCAGUUUGGGCAAGGGGGCCUGUAUUCCGCUCUUUGUAAGAGCCGAGCACUCCCCUUUUCAUAACCUCAACAGCCUGCACUUAGGGAAGUGUGCCUAACCAUUUUGCUGCUGAGUAAACUAGAGCAUUACAGGCCUCCAAGAGCAGAGGGGUAUAAAGCUAAAACAUUCUUCUAUAAUACUGCCAGACAAGUGACAUGCAGGGGAUGCAUGCCGAAAUGCAAAGUAUUCUAUGUGACGUCUGUAAGUGCAGGCUCAUACUGCUGUCAACUGUUUCAUUGCUGCCUUCUGGGUUCUACCCACAUUUGCCAGCAGACCUCCCUACAAGGGCUGACAAUAGGGAACCAGUCUUCAACCCCAUCCCCUCCUUAUCCAGCACUGCAGUGGAUGCACAAUGCAGUCAUUUGGAAGGGGGCAGCAGAGUGUUAAAAUAAUAAUGCAUCAAUUUUAGAAACAAGUGCUUGGCUUUGAAGAGUUCAUUCACACCUUCUCCAUGAGACAGGUCCUGAAGUACAACAAUGCUGCCCCCCUCUCAUACCCAUUUGCUUUCUCCAGUUAGUGCAAGGACAAUCUUUUGAACUAGACCUCUGCUUGGUGACAAUUUUACCUCUACAAGAGUCUGCCUCUCUCAGCACUUCUGCCUCCUCUUCUUUAGCCUAAGGGAACACGUGGGGGGGGGAAGUAGUGCUAAGAGAUAGUGAGGGUUGUGACCGCUGCUUUGUCUUGCUGUAGCUGUAUAUGUGCAUUGCUGUUCAGCUUGGCUUCUCUCGUCCGUGCGCAUGCUUCGUUUGUUCCUUCCAGGUUAUGGAGGGAAUAAUUUGUGGUUUUUAAAAUAAAAAAUAAAAAGAGAGGAGCUUAGCCGCUGAGUAUAGGGAUAGGGCGCCGUUACUCUUAGCAGCCCUGCCUGUUUACGACUGCUCAUGGUGGAAAGGACUAGGGGUAUUAUCCCACUGAAAUCACUAUUACCUACAGAAGUAAUAGAUUAGAAUGUGUCAAGUAUAUAACAUUACUUCCUACCCGGGACAAUCUAACAUUCACCUGUAUUGAAUGGCAACCACAUGGUUUGUUGUUCUUAUGCAAGGAUCUGGAGUCCUUCCAUUACUGCCAGAUAUAUACCUUGUAUAAUAACAUUGCCGUCGCGGGCUUUGUUGGUUACAUUCCCUAAAAUAUAACUACUGUUUACUUAGAAAAUACCGCUAGAAAAGGAGGAGUAUCUGGAUUGGGAUGGCCAAGUGCAAGAUCGCCACCUUGCCGAUGUACCAUCAGGCUUGCACCGUCUGGUCCACGGUGGUGCUGUUGUGGAUAAGCUUCAUGAUUUGCGACAGGACUGAUCCAUUCUGUUCACAUCCGGAGAGGAGAGAAUGGGCUGCCGCUCCUAUCGUCAUCGUAACAGGAGCCCCCUCCCUGACUCAGGCACAGGCCUAGCUCAAGCUUGGUAGCUGUGACGUAACCAAUGUGUUCUUCUCGUGUAAGAUGUGAUGUACGUCCGUGCCGCAAGGGAAACCUGUCUGGAAGAGGAAUGUGGAAUGCCAGGGAAUAAAGGGGAAUUUAAAGCACACUCCGUCCCUCCCUGCUCCCCUCUCCAGCUCUCUGUCCCCACUGUGAAGCUCUCUCUUCCUGCUAGAUGUCUCCAGUAUCAGCACUGUGACUUGUUCUUUCUGGUGCAUUCCUAUGUUGUGUCCCUGCAACCCACAUCUCCUUUUGAUCUUUUUUUUUUUUUUCUUUUCCACUUGUGUUUUUCUCCACCUUUCCAUGCCAUGUCUGCCCCUUUCCCCUCCUGUUCUCUCUGAAAAUGAAGAACAUGAGACAAUCCUUGCUUGCUCUUCUCUGUGGCUGUGCUGAUAGAUUUUUGUUCCCUUUGAUGGAUAUUAAGAGUACUUUUUUUUUUUUUUUUUUAAUACUGUGGAGUACUUUCUGGUCAGUAGGAACAUUUGGCACAAAGUGCUUCUGGUUUGUAGAUUGUAUAAAACAAAUUUAUGUGGCUUUAUGUGUUUAUUUUUUUUAUUUUUUGGUAAAA